ACAACAUGGGCCCACUGUGCCUAGUCCAAACUGCCCUUCAUCGUCUCCAUUUCGUGUCCGGUUCUGAUUUUAUCCUCUGCUUCAUUAGUUUACCAUUUUCUUCUUCGGCUUCUAUCCAAAUUUCGAUCCUCAAUAUUUACCGUAUCGGAUUCGUUUGAUUUGACCGUUUAAUUGGGAUUGACUAUCGAACAUCAUCAGCUUCGCUGCAAUCUGAUUCUGCUUGCUAGCUAUGGCGGUUAGUUCGUCUUGCAAUCCGCAGCUCCUGCUUUCUCACAAAUUCCCAGAGACAACAUAUACCUACACUGAAAGAGAUGUAGCUGUCUAUGCCUUGGGUGUUGGAGCAUGUGGACGGAACGCCGUUGAUACGGAUGAACUUAAAUAUGCUUACCAUGAAAAUGGACAGCAGUUCAUCAAGGUUUUGCCAACAUUUUCUGCUUUAUUUUCACUUGAAUCUCUGCCAGAUGGUGUGGAUCUUCCUGGCUUGACGUUUGAUCCACGUCUGCUGUUGCAUGGACAACAAUACAUAGAAGUACACAAGCCGCUUCCUUCAAAAGCCACUAUACAAAAUAAAGUUAGUCUUGCAGGAUUGCAUGAUAAAGGUAAAGCAGUAAUACUUGAGAUUGAAACCAGAAGUUAUGAAAAAGAGUCUGGUGAGCUAUUGAGCAUGAAUCGGGCAACUGUCUUCCUACGAGGUGCUGGUGGCUUCUCAGAUCCAUCUCAGCCUUUUACAUACUCGAACUAUCCAGCCAACCAGGCUUCAGCUAUGAAAAUCCCAGAAAGUGUACCUUUUGCAGUAUUUGAGGAUUGUACCCAAUCAUCUCAGGCAUUAUUGUAUAGGUUAUCUGGUGACUAUAAUCCUCUGCAUUCAGAUCCUAUGUUUGCAAAACUCGCAGGAUUCUCGCGACCAAUUUUGCAUGGAUUGUGCACCCUUGGGUUUGCAGUUCGGGCAAUCAUCAAAUGCAUUUGCAAGGGAGACCCAGACAUGAUCAAAAACAUAUCUGGACGAUUCCUUUUACAUGUGUAUCCUGGUGAAACUUUGGUCACUGAGAUGUGGCUCAAGGGCUUGAGGGUCAUAUAUCAGGUAAAGGCGAAAGAAAGAAAUCGAGCUGUGCUGUUAGGCUAUGUUCACCUCCAUCGUUUAGCUUCCUCUCUAUAAAUGAACUAGAUCCAUCAAAUAAACGUACUUUAGUUUCCUUGGCUUGGACGCCUCCACUUUCUUCGUUUAUUUGGAGUGAAAAUCAUUGUAUGAGAGUUCUGUAACUAAUUCUCCAAGCAACUCAGGUAAAAGUUCCUAAACUGUGAACAUGAGAUCAUAAACUGCUGACCGAGGAUGAAAUAAUACAAGCCCUUCUUUAUGUUUGCUGGGGAA